AUGCAGCCCCCAUUGCCCUGCCCAACAGCUACAUGGCACAAUGAUACCUACAAAGCCAUUGAACCCACCCAAGAUGGAUUGAGCCAAGAGGGAAAGACAAUCAUCAUCACCGGUGCCGGCACAGGUAUUGGCCAGCAAACCGCGUUGUCCUUUGCAAAAGCGUCCGCCGCGCACCUGGUGCUUAUUGGACGUACGCUUUCCACGCUGUCUGCCACCAAAGAUCUUGUAUCGGCUACAAACGCUUCGACCAAGAUUUCCGUGUAUACCGCGAGCGUGACUGACAGAAAUGCCAUGCGAAAAAUCGCGGAUGAAGUGGGAGCAUGGCAUGUCUUGGUCUUGGGUGCUGCCAGUAUACCACCACCUGGGCCGCUGGGAAGUGACAACCUGGACAAGUACUGGGAGGCUUAUGAGGUCAACGUAAAAUCCGUCAUCCAAAUAACUCAACUGUUCCUCCCCACCGCGGCACCACCACCCUCAGACUCUAACCCCGGCGCCAUCAUAUACGCCAUGGGCGCCGGCGGCUUCGCAUUUGGCGCGAAAAUAACGGCAACUCUUUCCGCUUAUCUGGUAUCAAAGAUCGCACAGACCAAACUGAUCGAGUACAUUGCUGCUGAAAAUCCAGGGGUUGCGGCAAUUACUGUGCAUCCGGGGAUGGUGGAUACGGCGGUGUUCAGGGGAGCGGGGGCGGAUCCGGCAAAGUUACCUAUGGAUACUGCCAAUCUUGCAGCAGACUUUCUUGUCUGGUGCUCUCGGUCGUCUGGAGAUGGUAAGCGGCCCUGUCAGUUUCUCAAUGGCAAAAUGGUUUUUGCGAAUUGGGACGUUGAGGAGCUUGAAGCUAUGGCAGAGCGCAUUCAGUCGGAUGAAGCGUUCUUGACUAUCGGUUUGGGUGGGUGGCCUUUUGCUGCUUAG